AUGGGAAUCCCCGGACUUAUCAAUGCAAUUGGUUCGGGAGAGCGCAUAUCCCUAUCUAAAUUAGCUAUCACGCAUUUUGAGCGAACGGCCAGACCAAUUCGCGUGGCCGUGGACAUCUCAAUAUGGCUCUUCCAAGUCCAAGCCGGUCGGGGAGGUCGGAACCCAGAGUUACGGACGCUGUUUUACAGGCUGCUCAAAUUCCUGGCUCUUCCCAUCCACCCGCUCUUUGUGUAUGACGGGAAGGACAAGCCCCCGUUCAAAAGAGGCAAAUCUGUCUCUGGGCGGAGUUACGGGAGUGCCCCGAUUAUCCGGCUCUCCAAGAUCCUAGUGGAUCUUUUCAGAUUUCCUCGCCAUGAGGCACCGGGGGAAGCGGAGGCUGAAUGCGCCCGUCUGCAAAGCGUGGGUGUUGUUGAUGCGGUGAUGACCAAUGACGUCGACGCCUUGAUGUUCGGCUCGAGUUUGACUAUCAUGAAUUUCUCCAAGGAGAGUGGGAGUGGGAGCGGGGCUGCGACGCAUGUGACUUGCUAUAGUCGUGGCGACCCGUCGUCGCCUGCAAAUGUCAAGCUUGGUAGCCCUGGAAUGAUCCUAUUCGCGAUGCUCAGCGGAGGUGAUUAUCUCCCGUCUGGGGUGCCCAAGUGUGGUAGCAAGCUUGCAGCGGAGAUUGCGAACGCCGGGUUUGGCGAGGAUCUCCUCGAGAUUCUCAAUUCAGGUGGGGAUCAGGUCGAUACGAAGCUUGGUGAAUGGAGAGAACGGCUUCAGUAUGAGCUCGAAGAGAACGAGAGUGGCUACUUCCAGACCAAGCACAAGGCCGUUCGGAUUCCAGAAACGUUCCCGGACAGACAGAUUCUGUCGUACUACGCAAAGCCUGUGGUCUCGGCAGCAGACAACAUAGAAGGCCUACGGCGUCAACUAGUGGACUCUUGGGAUCGGGAAAUCGACGCCGCAGAGCUGAGGAUGUUCACCGCCGAUACCUUCGAAUGGAAUUAUCGCUCUGGCGCACGGAAAGUGAUUCGACUACUGGCAGAACCGCUGGUUUUGAACAGGCUUCGCCUCCAGAAAGGGCCGUCGGCUUUCUCGCCGGGCGCCGCCAGAUUGUCUGGCAGCAGCGUUCCCAUGCUGGAAAAGAUUUACAAGAGUCGCACGAGCUUCAGCAACGACGGGCUCACAGAGUUCCAGAUGGAUUAUGUCCCCAUCGACGUUGUAGGGCUGGAUCUUCUUGCGGAGGAGCCAAACCCUCCUAUGCCUUCUCAGGAAACGACGAUCUCGGGCGAUGAAGAGGAAGAGGCUGACGGUGACGGCGAGCCUGUUAUCCAGUCUCCUGUCAAGAAACGGGUGACGAAGCGCUUCGACCCUUUUGCCUCGGAAAAGAUAUGGGUUUUUGAAGAACUGGCUACGAUAGGGAUCCCAGAGGUGGUGCAAACAUGGAAGAAGGAACAGUACGACAAGGCCAACGCUCCUAAAAAGCCAAGAGCGCGGAAGACAGGCCCUAAAAAGAAAGGACCCAUCGAUGCGGGGAUGAAGCGAGGGAGUAUUCUGAAAUACGGCACCCUCACAAAAGAGAGAUCGGAAAUCGUGCAACACAAACAGACAAAGAUGCUCGAGGAGGCGGUGUCAACGGCAACUUCGACAAAGCAUAGCCCGCCGAACUCUGAGAGUGCACAAACCUCAUCGGGCCAUGACGCGUAUGUCCAGCAGUACAUGUCCACUCUUCCAGAAUAUCGGUGA